GCAGGGCACUCUAACAAGUGCGUGCGCGGCCGCGCCCGGGCCGGCAACAGCGGCAGCCCGGCGCAGUGCAGCCCAUCCCGGGACACUCGGCCGUGGCAGGCGGAGACCGAGUAGGUCCCGCGGGGUACAGGAGCCCCAGAUCCCCGGCUGCUCUUCGCGCCCCAGGAUCAGUCUUGGCCCCCAAAGCGCGGCAUACAAAUCCACAUAAUCUGAACGCAAUGGAUGCUGACGAGGGUCAAGACAUGUCCCAAGUUUCAGGGAAGGAGAGCCCCCCAGUCAGUGACACUCCCGAUGAAGGGGAUGAACCCAUGCCUGUCCCCGAAGACCUCUCAACCACGUCUGGAGCACAGCAGAACCCCAAGAGUGAGCGAGGCAUGGCCAGUAAUGUUAAAGUAGAGACUCAGAGUGAUGAAGAGAAUGGGCGUGCCUGUGAAAUGAAUGGGGAAGAAUGUGCAGAGGAUUUACGAAUGCUUGAUGCCUCAGGAGAAAAAAUGAAUGGCUCCCACAGGGACCAAGGCAGCUCGGCUCUGUCGGGAGUUGGAGGCAUUCGACUUCCUAACGGAAAACUAAAGUGUGAUAUCUGUGGGAUCAUUUGCAUCGGGCCCAAUGUGCUCAUGGUUCACAAAAGAAGUCAUACUGGUGAGCGGCCCUUCCAGUGUAACCAGUGCGGGGCCUCCUUCACCCAGAAGGGCAACCUGCUGCGCCACAUCAAGCUGCACUCGGGCGAGAAGCCUUUCAAGUGCCAUCUCUGCAACUAUGCCUGCCGCCGCAGGGAUGCCCUCACCGGCCACCUGAGGACACACUCUGUUGGUAAGCCUCACAAAUGUGGAUAUUGUGGCCGAAGCUAUAAACAGCGAAGCUCUUUAGAGGAACAUAAAGAGCGUUGCCACAACUACUUGGAAAGCAUGGGCCUUCCAGGCACGAUGUACCCAGUCAUUAAGGAAGAAACUAACCACAGUGAGAUGGCUGAAGACCUGUGCAAGAUAGGAGCAGAGAGGUCCCUUGUUCUGGACAGACUGGCAAGCAACGUCGCCAAACGUAAGAGCUCUAUGCCUCAGAAAUUUCUUGGAGACAAGUGUCUGUCAGACAUGCCCUAUGACAGUGCCAGCUAUGAGAAGGAUGGGAUGAUGACAUCUCACGUGAUGGAUGAAGCCAUCAACAAUGCCAUCACCUACCUGGGGGCUGAGUCCCUGCGCCCGCUGGUGCAGACACCUCCCGGAAGCUCCGAGGUGGUGCCCGUCAUCAACUCCAUGUACCAGCUGCACAAGCCCCCCGCAGACGGCCCCCCACGGCCCAACCACUCGGCGCAGGAUAGCGCCGUGGAGAACUUGCUGCUGCUGUCCAAGGCCAAGUCUGUGUCAUCGGAACGGGAGGCCUCCCCGAGCAACAGCUGCCAAGACUCCACGGACACCGAGAGCAACGCUGAGGAGCAGCGCAGUGGCCUCAUCUACCUGACCAACCACAUCACCCCGCAUGUGCGCAACGGGCUGGCCCUCAAGGAGGAGCAGCGAGCCUAUGAGGUGCUGAGGGCGGCCUCAGAGAACUCGCAGGAUGCCUUCCGCGUGGUCAGCACAAACGGCGAGCAGCUGAAGGUGUACAAGUGCGAACACUGCCGCGUGCUCUUUCUGGAUCACGUCAUGUACACCAUCCACAUGGGCUGCCAUGGCUUCCGGGAUCCUUUUGAGUGUAACAUGUGUGGUUAUCACAGCCAGGACAGGUACGAGUUCUCAUCCCAUAUCACACGGGGGGAGCAUCGCUACCACCUGAACUAAACCAGGCCAGGCCCCACAGAAGCACAAAGCCUAUGCCUCCCUCCUGGCAGCUGGAUCCACAGCGGACAAUGUUGGGUGUGGAUUUGCAGGCAGCAUUUGUUCCUUUAAGUUGGUUGUUUGGGAUUUGAUUUGUGUUAGAAGACAAGUUUUUAAUGUUAGAGACAGGAUUGCAUUGCAUCGGGAGCAUUCAGAAUAUCCACCCUUCUAGACGGUUUUGUUGACUGCCAGCUGAGAUUUCCCUUGACCAGUGGCUUUCUGACCCACACCAUCACCACCCAACAGAGCCUGAAUUUUCAGAGAAUUGAAUAAGAGAAUUAUCCAAGAAGGAGCAAAGAGAACCUUUCCCUAAGCAAAGUUUAUACCCCAUGGAUUCUCCAAAUCUCCCCAAAACAUCAUAGUCACUGGGGUGGGGCCAUCUCAGGGAGCUCCACAGGUGAGCCGCAAGACCAGAUAGAUCAAAGGCAGCUGGGGAGGAGCAAGGACACAGCCUGUGUGGAGACCAGGGCAGAAGGUUGAUCUUUUAAAGAUGCUAGUAAGUCACAUAAGGAAUGGGAACAUGGUGUCUGGACAAGUGUCUAGGAUUCAUCUGGGCAAGAAGGGAAGGGGAUUGGAGAGCCUUGUAGACUCCUCUUCAUUGGCCUGAUCACACCCAGCCUCUGGGGGCUUGUCACCCAGUGAGAUGAGCUCUCCUGUGGGCAUUUUUGGAGUAGCCCUCUUCCCGAAGCUUAUCACUGCAUUUUAGACCCCAGUCCCGAAACUGAGACCUUCCUUUAAACUUCUCACACUGUAAGAUCCCUCUGAAGCCAAAGCUUUCUUCUAGGCCCCAUGCUCAUUGUCUGGGUGUCUGUUCUUCCCUGAACUGUCUGGGAAGUCCAACCCCAUCAUUCAUUUCAGCUGAAUCCCUGUUCCGAUUAUAGCCAUGGACCUGGCUAUCUCAGUCUGAUAACCAUCUUUUUCUGCUCACACUGUGUGUUAUUUUUGUUUGAAAGCCUAUAAAACCAUUAUUCAGAAUGACCAUUUUUAGGAAAUAUAUGAGCCCGGCAUCUCAGUGGCUGAAGCACAGAAUAUUCUUGCUGUUAAACAAAAAUUCUAAAUGGUCUGAAACUCUUCAGCAUAAACACCAAAUACCACGUGUUUUCACAUAAACAGGACAGGAACCAUGUAUCCUUGACCAGGUAAAGGUAUUAGGAUAUUGGAAUGUCUGGGGUCACGGUGUGACCAGUUCGGGUUCCCAGAGAGAAAUGCCCAUCAGAUAUCACAGAAAAGAGGCAGGUAAGGUGGUAGAGGUGAGAUCUGGUCCAGUCAAACCAAGACAGGGAUGCCACACUGAAACCAAGUUAGGUAGCUGGAGGUUCUUAACAGGACAGGCCUCACUUAAGAGUCAAUAUUAGGGUCAUGACCCUCCACCACCUCAAUGAAAUGAAAAGCAUGUGAUUGUCAAUGUUUACAGCACUGUCUUCAUAGAAACUCUCUGAGGGGAUUCCAAAGAACUGGAAGGGAGAUUGUCUAUAGCAGCACUUGGGUUAAAGCAAGCAUUCUUAGUUGCAACCCUCCUGAUGCAGGGGGCUUGUCAUGGCGGGUGGAGACUGUUCUGUGAAUUGUAGCUUACCUAGCAGAAUCCCUUGUCACUGCCCAGUAGAUGCCAGUAGCAUCCUAGCUGAUACCCAAACCUGUCUCCCAGGUGUUCCCUGGGGGCACACCACUGAUCUAAAUUUUAAGCUGGUGGAAAGUGUGGGAAAGUUUCCACAAAUAAGAAGCACUUGAAGCCUUUCCCAGUCAGCAGCCUCCAGCUGCACUUUCUUUGGGAAGUGGAUGAAUUCCGUAUGCACAUUUGAGAAUGCACUUCCUCAAAUGCUUCUGAGUUCGGUUGCAGGAAUGAAGUUCACGGACGUAGCACUCUCAAGUGUGGAUUUCUCUGCUUCCAGAACAAUGUGGCAUUUUGAAAGUAAAAAUAAAAUUGCGACUAUAAUGAUUUACAGUAAGAAUUUGAGGAACCAGAGCUGUGAGCAACUUUUGUUCAAUAUGCAGUUACAGAGAAAGGCUGGCCUUACCCAAAUUCAUAUAUUCCAGUGACAGCCUUCCAAGCCUCCAGUUUGUUGGCAGCUCCUGUUCACUCUUGUCCUUAUCCAGGAGAACCUCAGGGUCAGCUGGUCCAAGGGAGAUGGCUCCAACCCUCACCCCUACCCCUGCCACUGGCAUUCAGAGGUUAAAGCAGAAUUGUAAAUAGUGGCUUCAGGAGCUGUUUUUUAGAAUGCUUUGCCCCUUGCUCUCACUGCCUUUUUUUUUUUUUAGCUGAUAUGUCUAUUUGCACACCUUUUGUUGUGGUUUUAUAUUGUAACAGCAUUUUUUUGAAACUAUUGUAUUUAAGAUAAGGUUUCAUAUUAUGUCCACAAGUAAUUAAAUUAUGUUUGAAGGUGGCUAUAUUCUGUAUCAAACGUUGAUGAUAUUUUUCUUUAGUUGGUAAAGUAGGGUUUUGCAUGA